AUGUAUUUUGACGGGUCAUACUACGGGAUUGGAGGAGGAGCAUGGGUAGUGUUUGAAGCCCCACAAGGCGAUCUCAUGUCUUACUCUUUCAAGUUGGAUUUCCCAUGUAGUAAUAACGUGGCUGAAUAUGAGGUAUUGAUACUAGGUCUAAGGAUAGCCAAAGAGCUCAACCUUGGAAGCAUGGAGGUGAAUGGAGAUUCCAAACUGGUAACAAUCCAAGUGAAUGGGGAUUUUCAUGUUAAGGAAGCACACCUAGCACCGGACGGAAGCGAGAAGCCUUAUCUCUCAAAUGAGAUCAAUAGUAGAGCAUACAUGCAGGAGCGGCAACCGGCAUGCGGAUGCGCUAGCCACCCUAGCAAGAAAGAUGCGGCUAAAUAG